CCGAGUGAAAGUGCUCGGAGGGGGAGGGGUGUCCCGUCGGCAGGCGCACAGACAGCAGGCAGCAGCUGCAGCGAGAGGACCCGUUAGCUUUACACUGCAUUAAAACAUCCAUAUUCCGAAUUUUUUAGCUCCGAAACACACGGCACAGCGACACAACACAUCUAAAAUGGUAGACCGCGAGCAACUGGUGCAGAAAGCCAGGCUGGCCGAGCAGGCGGAGAGGUAUGAUGAUAUGGCAGCUGCCAUGAAAUCGGUCACAGAACUGAAUGAAGCACUAUCCAAUGAGGAGAGAAACCUGCUCUCUGUUGCCUAUAAGAACGUGGUUGGGGCGAGGCGUUCAUCCUGGCGCGUCAUCUCCAGCAUUGAGCAGAAGACGUCAGCCGACGGUAAUGAGAAGAAGAUUGAGAUGGUGCGGGCCUACCGGGAAAAAAUCGAGAAGGAACUGGAGGCCGUUUGCCAGGACGUGCUUAACCUCCUCGACAACUUCCUGAUCAAGAACUGCAACGAAACGCAGCAUGAGAGCAAGGUGUUCUACCUGAAGAUGAAGGGCGACUACUACCGCUACCUGGCUGAGGUGGCCACGGGGGAGAAGAGAGCCUCGGUGGUGGAGUCCUCCGAGAAGUCCUACAGCGAGGCCCACGAGAUCAGCAAGGAGCACAUGCAGCCCACCCAUCCCAUCCGCCUGGGCCUGGCUCUCAACUAUUCCGUCUUCUACUACGAGAUCCAGAAUGCCCCAGAGCAGGCGUGCCACCUGGCCAAGACCGCCUUUGACGAUGCCAUCGCCGAGCUGGACACCCUCAACGAGGACUCCUACAAAGACUCCACUCUCAUCAUGCAGCUGCUACGAGACAACUUGACGCUGUGGACGAGCGACCAGCAGGACGACGAGGGAGGAGAGGGCAACAACUAAAGAGUCCAAAACCUCAUUCUGCCAAAAACACGCGCGCUCACAAAUGAUGACAAAAUAAUAAUAAUAGUUAAAAAGUUCUUAGAAAUUUAAAAAAAAGGGGGGAGGAGGGGUGGGGGGGUGGGCAGUGGAACAUCGGCGGCCAGUUUAGCCGAUGAUACUAACGCGGCUGCUGUUCUUUAUUUUUCAACAAAUUUAAAGUGAAAAAAAAAAGUAGGAGGUGGGAAGACAAUUUUAGUUUGAGAUAUAACUUACAAUUAAAAAAAAAAAUAAAAGAGUGAAACCCCCUCCUUGGUAGCCUCUGCAGCAUUUGCCAAAAUACCACUUUAGAAGCAAGAGGUAUGUCAUUCAUCACAGUGUGACUAUUGGGUAACGAUACCUUCACACUGGCAGAGACUGGUCUUAUCGCGCAAAUGAAGCUGAGCUGUCUUAUUGUAUUUGGUGAGGGGAGGAGCAUUCUGAGAUUGAGUUUCGAUGCUUGAGCAACAAGAAAAUUAGAGUAACCUUGAAUGUCAUGGCCUUGCUUAAUGAGAGAGACAGACAGAGAGAGCGAGUGAGAGAGACAGACGGGUUACAGAGAUGACGACAGGCUUUUAUGGGUGUCGAACUUCAUCGUGUAACUUCAACCGUACCGACAUCUUUAGUUGCACCACACUAUGAUCGUUGAGUGAAAAAAGGUUGUCUCUGUCAUUGAAGAUAACAUAAAAAAUGUUUUUGUUUGCUUUGUGUCAGGUAUGUGUCCGGCUCAGUCAACCAGUCAUACUGUAACUAAAAAGACAAAUUCAUAAAGUAAACUUAGUGCAGCUUGUCCCUCUCAUGUGCUGAUGUGCUUUAUUAAAUAAAUUAACUGUUUUUGGACACCUAA